UCGAAAGCUCUCAAUUCUCCUCAGUGACGCCUUGCUCAUACUCUAAACAAAGCGUCCCGAACCGAGACCGGAUCAAAAAACUUUUUAAAAGUCCACUUUCUGUUGAUUUUUCAAAUCGGCAAGUUUGUUGUCGUUGCGCCAAAAACACGACACCCUAAAAACUGCGCGUAAAUACACACCGACAACAAUGAGUGACACGACAGCAAUGGAGGUGAACGCGGAGGCCCGCAGGGUUCUAGCCGUGUCCAUCAGCAAGCUGUACGCGUCCAGGACCCAAAGAGGCGGACUGAGACUCCACCGGAGCCUCCUGUUGUCCCUGGUCAUGCGCUCGGCCCGGGAUAUCUACCACUCAUCGUCGCCGCCGCCCAUGGAGAGCGGUCCGGAGGAACCGGCCGAUCUGGAGCCUCCCCAGCCGGAGCAGACCCCUGUCGAGGUGAGCCUGACGGCGGGGGGAGGUGCACGCCAGGAGGCGGACAUAGUGGAGGACAUGGAGGAGGGGGAGCCUGCCGAGGACAAAGAGAACCAGAGCCCGACGAGGCGCUCCAGGAAGCGGCGAGGAAAGACGUCAGCGGCGCCCGACUUCCUCCCCAGCAAGAGAGCGAGGCUGGAGCCAGGAGAGGAGCGUCACUCCGCCGCGGCCCCACCGGCCAGCUGCCGCCUGGGCCCCGCGGAGUCCCUCACGGCUUUGUCCCUUAACCGGGUCAUACCGGCCUGCUGAGACCACUGACGAGGCUCCACUGGACUUUGGAGCCGAGUGCUGUUUGUUUUUCUCACACACGAGUGGUCAGGAGCUGACCCACGUCCACGGUCCCGGAGAUGGACCGUUCCGGUCCAAGGAGCGAGCUCUCCGAGUGGAAAGUUCGGAUAGAAGCGAUCGAGUGGGCUGAGUCACACAAGAAGAACCGGCCCGGACGAGAAGUGACUCACUAAAAAGUGCUGACUCAAAGUGUGAAUCAGCAGGAAGUGAGGUGGUCAAUGGUUACCCACCCCACACACACACACACACACACACACACACACUGCUGCUGUGGACCAACAUGGUGCUGCGAAGGUGCUGCUUGCAUCUUUAAAACUUUCCUGUGUAUUCAAUGAAUGUGAACAUCCCAUAAUAAUAAUUCUUAUUAUAUACCUCACCUGUAAGAUGAUUUGUGCUUUCUAAAAGAAACUGUGUUAAUAAAGUUUUAAAUGUACAAACAU